CAUCCUUCCUGUAUCUAUAUAUCUUAUCGAACCUUCUUGGCGGCCGCAUUCUCUGUAUCUGAAGAAACAAGAAGAAGAAGAGUAAGAUGAAGUUCAACAUUGCAAAUCCAACAACUGGAUGCCAGAAAAAGCUCGAAAUUGAUGACGACCAAAAGCUAUUACGUGCACGUACAAUGCCAGAUUACGUAUGUGAAGAUUUAAUUGCUGAUAUAUUUGAAAGACUACCAGUGAAAUCGCUUAUCAGAUUUCGAUGUCUCUCCAAGUCAUGGUGUUGUCGAAUAUCUAGCCCUGAAUUCAUCCGUAGGCAUAGUACUCUUCGCCCAUCAGUGCAAAAAGUUAUAUUGGGACACGAAAUUUAUCAAAACAAAAAAUUACAUCAAAUGCUCUCCAUGUUAGAUUCAGAAGAUCCAUUGCCAUUGUUAUUGUAUGGAUACACGGGCACACGACCAACAUUCAAGCUCGGUGAUUAUUCAAGAGCCGGUUCAAGUAAUGGAAUCAUAUGUCUACUUAAUCACAAUUAUGAUGUUAUUAGUUUAUGGAACCCUUCAAUCAGGCGCAUAUUCAGCAUACCUCCUCACAUGUCUUUAUACGCACCACUUGCAUCAGUAUUCGGUUUUGGUUUUGACCCAAUCACGAAUGAUUACAAGAUUGUGAGGCUAUCUUGCAGUCAUACGGCUAUAGUAGAUUCAUUUGUUUACACAACCAACACGGGUACUUGGUGUAAGAUUGCUUUACCUACUAUUCCAUUUUCUUAUACUUUGUCUUCACCACACGGUUGUUGUGUCAACGGAGCGUUGCACUGGCUUGCUUUUGCCAACAACUCUCUACAUGAUCGUUGCAUCAUGAGAUUUGAUUUGAGUACACAUGUUAUCAGCACAAUUGCUUUGCCGUGGGAACCCAGGCGAUAUGCAGGAUGCCUGAAAAUUUUAAAAGGUUCUACUCUAGCCGUAAUCACUGAAUAUCAUCGCGUUUGGACAAUGAUGAAGAAAGAAGUAGACAAUGAUAACAAUAAUAAUAAUAAUGUUGCAUCAUCAGCUUCUUGUUGGCGUAUGGCUGCUAGUUUUAACAGUAUUUGUAAGUAUGAGGGAGGCUUACAUAUUAUUUUCCAACUAACAAAUGGUGAUUUGUUGUUCAAGACUAUCUACAGGAAGAACUUUAAAGUCUACAAUAUUGCUUCGAGACGGGUUGUCUACACACUGCCGCCUGAACCAACGUAUGGUCCUAAAACAGUGUCCAUUGAUACAUAUGUUGACAGCCUCGCGUUGUUAGACAUAGGAUUUCCUUGCUAGGUAGCCGACAAUUACCUCUAACAGAAAGAAAGAAAAAGAACAAAACGAAGAAGCUGAAGAAGAACAAUAAGUCUACGAAUUACUUACAAACUUAUGCACGCAAAGCUGGGUUUGGCUCGUUGGUGUUAGUAUGUGACUUUUGAGUUUGAAUCUUUAAUUGUUGAAUUAUCCGGAUGGUAAUUAGCUAAGGCUGUAGUAUUCUUUUAUUUAUUUGUUUUCAUUUUGAAUGGUA